AUGUCUCUUCAACAACCCAAUGGGAACUCGAGUUCUUGUUCUUCCCCCAAGGAGCACAAAACUGAGGAGAGUGAUGAAGAGUUGUUGAUGGUUCCAGACAUGGAAGCAGCUGGGUCAACAGGUGUUCUAAGCAGCAGCGCCGAUGAUGGAGUCAACAAUCUAGAGAUUGACCAGACCCAAAAUGGUACCUCCACUGCUAAGCGCGGCCGUGGACGAAACCCAGUGGAUAAAGAAUACAGAAGUCUCAAAAGGUUGUUGAGAAAUAGAGUAUCGGCUCAACAAGCUAGGGAGAGGAAGAAAGUGUAUGUGAGUGACUUGGAAUCAAGAGCUAAUGAGUUGCAGAACAAUAAUGAGCAGCUUGAGGAGAAGAUUUCUACUUUGAUUAACGAGAACACUAUGCUUCGUAAGAUGCUUAUUAACACAAGGCCUAAAGCUGAUGACAAUCAUUGAGAGAAGCCACCUUCAAUUAAUUCAGUGUUGAGUGAUUCUUUUUUUGUGUACGAUUUUUGUUCGAAUAACAUUAGAUUUGUGACGCCUCUCCCAUAAUCUGAAUAUUUCUUCGGUUAAUAAAAUGUGAUUUGAGAUUUGCAUAAUCAAGAAAGACAAAAAGGUAAAGACUCAAGACCUAAAAAGAGAGUUAUAAUUA